AUGGCCAGACCCUCCACCAACACGACGCAGCGUCUCAUCCGCGAGCUGAAAGAUUACUCCAAGAACCCCAACGAGGCCCUUCUCCACCUCGGCCCCGUCGAUGACGAAGAUCUUCUCCGCUGGGAAGCCGUGCUAAAGGGCGUCAACGGGACACCCUAUGAAGGUGGCCUGUGGCAUCUUCGAAUCGCAAUCCCACCAAAUUAUCCCCUUGCACCACCGACCAUCCACUUCACCACGCGGAUAUCUCAUCCAAACAUCUCUUUUACGACGGGGGAGAUCUGUCUGACCCUCUUGACGACUGAGCACUGGAGUCCGGUCUACACGCUCUCCUCCACACUGACUGCGAUUCACCAGCUUUUGACUGAUCCACAGCCUGACUCGCCGUUGAAUGUGGAUGUGGCGGCGCUGCUUCGCGACGGCGAUUUGCCGGCAUGGGAGAGUGUAGUGCGAUACUGGACGGGGGAGGAAAGGUGGCAGGGUGGCGCGUUGACAGGACGGUGA